CUACCCUUUCCCGGUCUGAGCAUCAGUUACCGCAUAGCCUUCGCAGCUCCAGCAAGUUAUCCUUCAGUGCCACACGCUACGAAGACACCGCCACUAUGAAGAUGUUAAUGGCUGUUCUCAUCUUUGGCUGCAUGGCCUCCUCAAGGGCCAUCUUCUUCGACCUCUUCAAGAAGGAGACGUGGCAGCCUGAGCCCUGGGCCCAGCAGCCUGCUGAUCCUUGGGUCCAACAGCCUGCUGAUCCUUGGGUGCAGCAGCCUGCUGACCCUUGGGUGCAGCAGCCUGCUGAUCCUUGGGUGCAGCAGCCUCCCGUUCAGCAACCAGUGAAAGAAAUCCCCAUCUUCAAACCCUACCUGGAAUUCAAGCCCAUCUCCAUCCCAUUCCCAAAGCUGGAGCCCGUGCCUGUGGUCAAGCCUUUCCCUAUUCUCAAGCCAGAGUUCGUAGAAGCUCAAGUUCCCGUCUAUAAGCCUCAGGUCCCCCUCCCUAACAAGUACUUCAACUUCAAUGCUAACGUUGGCCUCCACAAGCAGCCACAGCAGCAGCAGCAAGUCCAGUACCACCAGGUUCAGCAGCAGCAACACCUCCCCACUGCAUACCAAGCACCCGAUUCUCACCAUCACUAAGGAAGAGCUCCGAUGCCGUCCCUCCUGAGCACGCGUCGUGGAGACUUGACCACGUCAUAUCAGCUUCAGAUACGUUUUGAUUCUCUCAAGAGUGAUGCCAGAGGAUGAUGAAAUCAGUGUGGUGUGUGAAAGAGAAUGAUAUCAGCCGUUGCAAAAGGCUGUAUUUUUUCAUUACCACACUAUUGUUUAUUUCUUUCGCAUGGCGUCAGAUUAUGUUUAAAACGCUACAUCUGUUCGGUUACAAAUACUGUUCCAUUGUUACUUUGUUGAUUUUAUGUGUGCAAAAACAGUUACUGACUUAUUUAUUUGUAUUUAUACAACGUUAACUGUAUAUUCAGCAGUUUCUUCAUUAAAAUAUUUUACAAGUA